AUGAGGAGGGGCGAAGCGAAAUGGUGUGACAAAUGCAAGAAGAAGCACUAUGGGAAAUGUGAUGGAAAAGUCAUAUGUUUGAAGUGUAGAAGGCUUGGGCACUAUGCCAACGAGUGCACGUUCAAUAAAAAGGUUUGUUAUGGGUGCAAUGAGGAAGGUCACAUCUCGAGGGACUGGCCAGAGAAAAAGGAGGUAGCAAGACCCAAUGUUCCACCAAAGCCGAAGGUGAAAGCCUUCCAAAUGAUGCUUGAAGUUGCGAAGGAGGCCGCAGAUGUCGCUUCAGGAACCCUUCUUGUAAAUGAAUUACCUGCCAAUAUACUAUUUGACUCACGAGCAAACUACUCCUUUGUAUCGCAUAAAUUUGGUGGGAAACUAGCAUUGCAUGUAGAAAAACUUAAUAAUACCCUAGUUGUGGAAGUUGUUAGUGGCAAGUUCAUACCUGUUAGUGAUCGUAUUAAGAACAUCGUCAUCGACUUAAAUGGAAAUGAAUUCCACGAAGAGUUGUUGUCCAUAUAG